AUGGACGACGACCGGGCGGGGUCGACCCCCAUACAGCCCCCCUUGCCCUCCUCGGGGGGAGCAACAACGUCAUCAUUGUCGUCGUCGUCGGAAGCCGACGCCGGGAGCAGCAGGGGGGCGAGAAAGGGCGGCAGGAUCGUCCGCCGAGGCUCCAGAGUCGGUCGGGGCCGCAGGCCUCACAGCCUGCAGUCCGAUGACGAUGAUGAUCAGCAGCAAAACCUACGGGGAAGAAGCGUUAGCGGGGCCAUCAGCAGCUGCAGCAGCGGUCGCAGCAGCAGCCUGAGAUUGGUGGGGUCGCUAGCGGCGGGUGGGGACCAAAGCACCGGCGGCGGGGGAGGCAGCCCCGCGUCCCCGCUCGGCCAGGCCCCCAGACCCCCGGCCCCAUCACACCCGUUGGAACGCCGCAACGAGGUCGACGACGGCCAGCACCGGCGGUGGCGGCCAGCGGCGCGGCAGCAUCCUCUGUUGGUGAGAUUGUCGGACCCCAGGCUAGAACGAAUCGACCACCGGCCGGUCGACAGCAGCAAUAACAACAACAACUACAACAGCAACAACAGCUGUUGCCGCGACAGCGCUUGCGACAGCGGGGGAAGGUGGGCGUGUCCGUCGAGCGGCGGCGGCGGCGACGGCAGCGUGUCGACGGCCUCCUACGUGGACGAAGAAGAAGACUGCUCGGCGCGCCACGACAGCCCUUCUCCCUCCUCCGACGGCCACGACGACAUCGACCGUUACCUGUCGCUCCAGGGCGUAAGUCCCACCUCUCGGCCUGAGCGUGCAGACGACAGAAGCAGCACGCUAAGGAUGCGCGACGGCGGUUUUUCACCCCGGUUUGAUGCCGUCGGCGGCGGGGUUAUUAGUGUGCUCCCGCAGGAGAAAGCUAUGCUGCCACCGAGCGGCAAACACUCACGAAGGGACCUGCAGGUGCUGAACCUCGUCGACGUCAACGCAGGAAGACGAGCAGUCCACAACGGAACAGCGGCAGCAGAGGAUGCCGGCGCUGGCGCCUCGAAAAGGACACCGGAAGAGCGCGCGUACCUCAGGCGUGCCGGGCUGGACGACUUCUCCUCGACCGCCAGCUCCGUCGGCUCGUGCCCGCUCGUCAAGGCCACCGCCACCGCCACGGCCGCUGCCGCUGCCGCUGCCGCCGAGAACACCGGAUCGAUGCCAGGCCUCGUCACCCCGACAUCGCCGGCCGCGGGAUCGUUGAAAUCGUUCGACACGACAGGUGGCGGGUUGCCGCCGCCAGCGUUCGAGCCGCUUCCGGCGAGGCGCGCCGCCGUUCUUGGCCCUCCCAAGGAUAACGUGUCGUUCUUGUACUCGUGGCCCAGCUUGCCGGACAGCGCUCCGGCGGAGGAGACGUUUCGCGCGGCCGGUGCGACGCCCGCCGCCGCCGUCAACAACAACGGUGGCGUCUGCACCCACAUUGGAGACGACUACGGCAGCGGUGCGGCGGCCGGCGGGGAAAAAUUGGACACCGCGCCAGGAAAAGGAAGGUGGGGGCGGGGCGGCGAAGAGGUGGUGCUUUCGCCGAGCGCGAACGACGCGAGCGAGCGCAGCAGUAGCAACAGCCCGAAUCGCAGCAACUUCGGCAGCGACGACAACUAUUCCGGCUCUGGCCGGUCUGUGUGGGGAAAUGAAGCCGAGGAGGAUGGGUGGGUGGGGGGGAGGGAACGGAGAGGGGGGAGUGGCAAGAUUGAGCACUCCUCGAUGUUUCCUCGUCGAGAAGGGGGGGUUUGGAUCGACGUUGACGGCACGCCGAUGGAUUCUGUGGCCCUCAGCAAACUACCGCUUAUUCCGCCCUCGCCUCCACCUCGGCUGCACCCCGACGCUGCUGUCGCUCUCGCUACAAAUCCAGGCGAGAUUCUCCCUGCUCCGCGAACCGGCGUCGAAUCCUCUCUGCUCCGGCUAGACAGCGUUGGCAGCGACCCCCACCACCAUCAUCCUCGCCACCCGCGCAGCAGCAAGGGGCUAUACCCGGGGAAGAAGUCAACCAACGAGGUCGGCGGCCUUGGCGGCUUCCUGGAGGGUGUCUCCGCGGCCGCCGCCGCCGCCGCUAGCUCGAAGACCUGGGCGUCCGACGCGCUGUGGGCGCUCGUGUCCUGCGUCGGGGGCGAGGAAGAGGGGAAGCAGGAAAAGAUGAUGUCGUCGCCGUCGAUUCUGCCGUACCCGGGCUACAUGCGGCCGGAAGAAGAGGAAGAGCUGUCGGUGUGGGGGGGGAGGACUUCGACGGAGUGA